ACAGCGUCCAGACCUCCGGCACCUGUCGCACACCUGUGGCCUUCCUCGCAGCAGCGCUGACGUUGACUUACCGGCGACUCGUGACUUUUGAUCCGCUGGCCAUGGCCUACCCGGGGUACGGAGGAGCGUUUGGAAACUUCGGCGGUCAGAUCCCUGGGAUGCAGCUGCAAAUGGGCCAUCCGAUGCCAGGUCCCAAUGUGUUCGCUGGUGGUUACCCGGGGUACGUGGCCUACUCUGACAGCUACCCCCCUGCUGAUGACUCUAUGUGGUCUUUCUUCACAGCUGUUGCUGGACAGGAUGGUGAGGUGGAUGCGGAGGAGCUUCAGAGAUGCUUGACCCAGUCUGGAAUCAGUGGGACUUACGCACCCUUCAGUCUGGAAACCUGCAGAAUUAUGAUUGCCAUGUUGGAUAGAGAUUAUACAGGAAAAAUGGGGUUCAAUGAAUUCAAGGAGCUUUGGGCAGCGCUGAAUGCCUGGAAGCAGAACUUCAUGACUAUUGAUCAAGACCAGAGUGGCACAGUAGAACACCAUGAGCUGAGCCAAGCCAUCACUCUUAUGGGUUAUAGGUUGAGUCCCCAGACACUGGCUGCUAUUGUUAAACGCUACAGCAAGAAUGGCAGAAUUUUCUUUGAUGACUAUGUUGCCUGCUGUGUGAAACUUCGUGCCCUGACAGAUUUCUUUAGGCGAAGAGAUCACUUGCAACAAGGGAUUGUGAACUUCAUGUAUGAGGAUUUUCUACAGGGCACUAUGACCAUUUGACAGCGUAGCAAUGAAAAAGUGAAUACUGAAGAAUCCUUCUGCUUCACUGAAACAGACUGGACUACCUAAAACUAGAAGUUUGAUGAACUUUUUUGUAUCCCUUCCUGUUAAAGCUCCGUCCCCUUCCUGUUAAUUUACCUUAAAGCACAUUUCAAUGCAAUAACGUUUUUAUUUGGGAUAUAUUAUUUUUUGGAAAAGUUACGGUGUUGCAGAUAUAUGCACGCCAUCUUGAAAUGUUGCUAAUGAUAUGUAGUUGAUUGAUAUCAGCGCACCUGAGCCUUCGUUUUUUAACAAUAAUAGUGUAUAGAAAUGUAGUUAUAUGACAGAUUGUCUAUGAAGCCAAGUAGCAAAAGUCUAGAUAAAACUUAAUCAUGUUAUCUAAAGGCUACAAGUUGUACUUCUGAUUUUGUUCACGUCUGUGGCUGUUUCUGGAAGUAAGUCAGUUAGAAGGGACAUCUGCACAUUUUCUGGCUUUGGCUUUGAUUACCCCACCAGAGAACAUAACCUCAUGUUCUUGGCCUAUGAAUAAGAAAUCUGUAGCUCCAAACACUAUUUGAAUUUGAGUCUGUCAGCCUAAGAUAGUAGGUAUUGUUUACCUUUUUUAUUUCAUUGUUUAUUUUUCUACAAAAUAUUUUGUUGUCUUCCUAUUUUCUUUUCUUUUUUUUUUCUUUUUAACAUCUUUGUUUCUGCUUAGCUUUGUUUUGUGAGACAGGAUCUUUCUAGAUGGCCCAAUAGGUCACAAACCCAUCGUCCUCCUGUCUUGCCCACUUUGUGUGUGGAGGUUCAAGGCAUGCAGACGUGUGCCUGCCUUAAAAUUUGAAAAUGAAGAUAUCUUUCUCUUUUCUUAGCAGUGGCAUAGAUAACCUAAAAUGUCCUCUUUUUUCAAAAUCAACCAGUUUUGGAGGAUGACACAUUUUAGUGAAGUGUCAGCACUUAUUCUUGUUUCUUCUUUAAACCCGUGCUGCCCCUAGGUGAUGGCGACAGUUUAUAAAAUGAGAAAAAAAUUCAUGUGAUCCGCUACUGUUCAGGAAUUCUGUGUUGGAUUAAUGGCAUGAAUGUGUGUGCGUGUGUGUGUGUGCGUGUGUGUGUGUGUGCGUGUGUGCGUGUGUGUGUGUGUG